UGUGUCCAGCAUUGUGGUCUAAAAAAUCAUUAGCUAAUCUUCGUCUCAGCAUUUACAAAUCAAGUGAGAAAAUGUCCGCGAGACCGGAGGAACUUUGUGGCGAGAAAGAGGAGCCCCCACGUCACCGACACUCGACUGUGUGCAAACAAAUGCACGCCAAGGUUGUUCUUCACAGACUAGAAGAUCUGUAUGUCAGCCAAGCCCAUUAUCCUGAGUCUGCAUGCAUCAAGGACGAGGAGGAAGAGUCGCCAUCCAUUAAGGAAGAAGAAGACUUCAUACACAUUAGAGCACCUCACAAGGGAUAUGUAGCAGCAAGCAUUAGCCAUAAUGAACACACCACAGGUGCAGAGCUGGAAGGUUUCAGAAAAUAUCUUGGUGCUGAGUGGCAGCAGCCACACUCUCCUGGCGUUAAAGAGGAUGUUGAGCUCCCCCAAAUCAAAGAGGAGGAGCCAAAAUCCUGUCAACAGAAGCAACUUCCAAUCAAAAACCAGGAGGAAGACCAGCCGUGCGUUAAAGAGGAGGAAGAGGAGGAGCAUAACACCAGGUCGAGUGGUGAGCCCUUGAAGAGUGAAGAUGGUCCGAGUGAGGCCAGCAGAGGGGCGGAGCCUCCAAGAGAGGGGAGUAGCAGCAGCUCAACAGAAGGAUUGAAAGCAGACAUUAUCAUCGCUCCGUCAGACAGAAAUGCCACCACAUCACACUCACCUUACAAUGCAAUACGAUACAAUGCAAUACAAAAGCCUUUUUCCUGCUCAGUUUGUGGUCAAAGAUUCAGUCGCAGCAGCACCUUAAAACAACACACAAGAGCCCACACUGGCGGAAAAUCUUUUUCUUGCUCAGUUUGUGGUCAAAGAUGCAGUUGCAAGAGUUCCUUAAAAAUACACACAAGAAUCCACACUGGCGAAAAACCUUUUUCCUGCUCAGUUUGUGGUCAAAGAUUCAGUCGCAAGAGCAACUUAAAACAACACACACGAACCCACACUGGCGAAAAACCUUUUUCCUGCUCAGUUUGUGAUCAACGAUUCACUUGGAAGCAUCACUUAAAACGACACUCAAGAAUCCACACUGGCGAAAAACCUUUUUCCUGCUCAGUUUGUGGUCAAAGAUUCAGUCGCAAGAGCAACUUAAAACAACACACAAGAACCCACACUGGCGAAAAACCUUUUUCCUGCUCAGUUUGUGAUCAACGAUUCACUUGGAAGCAUCACUUAAAACAACACUCAAGAAUCCACACUGGCGAAAAACCUUUUUCCUGCUCAGUUUGUGAUCAACGAUUCACUUGGAAGCAUCACUUAAAACGACACACAAGAACCCACACUGGCGAAAAACCUUUUUCCUGCUCAGUUUGUGGUCAAAGAUUCAUUCGGAAGCAACACUUAAAACGACACAUAAGAACCCACACUGGCGAAAAACCUUUUUCCUGCUCAGAUUGUGGUCAAAGAUUCAUUCGGAAGGAUUUGAUGAAGAGACACUUGUGUAUUGAAGUGAGAAGCAGUGGCCAAUGACUGUUUUGCCUGUCAUCCAUCUUGGCUUCAUCAGAUGUUGUGCACGUAGGACGAUUGUAUUCCAUAGAGCUUCCUUAAAUCUUGUUGAGGACUGAUACUUUUGGUGCCUUGCUUUGUCCAAUUGUUGUAUGAUGUACAUCCACCCUAUUCCCAAAACCUCAGCUGAUUGAACUCUAUUAAGUUUGUAAUGUUUGUGUGUAUGGAGUCACAGGAGUGCCAAAAUUAAAAAUAAAUAAAUGAAUGAAUAAAUAAAUAUGAAGAGAAAUAAAUCUAUAAAUAAAUAACGGAAUAGGUAAAUAAA